AUGGAAAGCUGUCGACGGUAUGCUAACACAAAAGUACUUCACUAUGUUACAGGUGGAAUACCUGAAAAGAUUGGGAACCUUCACAAAUUGGAGGAGCUUCAUUUACACAACAAUACAUUAUCGGGUUCCAUACCAGCAACAAUUUUUAACAUCUCAUCUCUCAAAACAAUUCAACUCUGCCAGAACAAGUUUUCAGGAACUAUUCCUUUGACAAUGAGUAAUAAGCUAAGCAAUCUGCAGUAUUUUAAUAUUUACAAUAAUUUCUUGAGUGGAGUUAUACCUAGCUUCAUCUCAAAUGCUUCUCGGCUAGUUACUUUGUCGCUUGACAAUAAUGAGCUUACAGGUUCAAUCCCCGACUCUUUAGGAAGUUUAAGAAAUCUAGAAUAUCUAAACUUGGCUUUCAACAAGCUGUCAAGUGAACCCUCAUCUCCAGAAUUAAGCAUUUUCACUUUCUUGAUGACUUGGAGAUUCUUGAAAUAUCUAGGAGUGGAUCAGAAUCCUCUAAAUGGUUUUCUACCUGCUUCUUUUUCUAACUAUUCGACUCUGGAACACUUGAAUGCAUUCAGUUGUAAAAUCAAAGGAAACAUCCCAGUCGGAAUCAGCAAUUUGAGCAGUUUACUAGUUCUAGAUUUUUCAGGUAAUGAAUUGAUUGGAUCUGUCCCAAGAACUAUGCAUAGUCUGGCAAAUCUUCAGAUGUUUUACUUGGACUCCAAUCAAGUAAGAGAUGUCUUGGACAUUUUCUGUGGAUUACAUAGUUUGGGGUUGUUAGACUUGAGCCAAAAUCAAUUCUUUGGUAGUAUUCCAGAAUGCUUAGGAAAUAUGACAAAUUUGAGACAAAUUUUUCUAGACUCCAACAGGUUGACUUCCGUGAUACCUGCUAAACUAUUGAGCAUGAAAAAUCUCGAAAUUCUCAACCUUUCAUCAAAUUUCAUAAGUGGAUCGUUACCUUUGGAGAUUGGGAACCUCAAAGCAACGUACAGUUUGGAUCUCUCGGCUAAUCAAUUGUUAGGCAUUAUUCCUACUACAAUUGGGGAGCUGCAAGCUUUACAGAAUCUUUCAUUGGCAAAAAAUAAUUUGCAGGGCUCUAUACCAGAAUCAUUUAGCCAUAUGGUCAGCUUGGAAUUCUUGGACCUUUCACACAAUAAUCUCUCCGGCGUGAUACCCAAGUCAAUGGAGGCACUCAAAUCUCUCAAGGAAUGCAAUGUUUCUUUUAAUAGAUUAAGCGGCGAAAUUCCUCGAGACGGUCCCUUCAGAAACUUUACAGGUCAAUUGUUCAUGAACAACGAAGGACUCUGUGGUGACCCAAGGCUUGGUGUUCCACCAUGUCAGUGUAAUUCAAGAAAAAGAAAGGUACUUGUCAUUAGUCUAUCAGUGAUUGCAGCAAUAAUGAUAAUAGCAAUUGUAGCAAUAUUGGUUCUAAGGUGGUUGAAGGAGCCAAAGGGUUCAGGUGGAACAGAGUUGAUGUCAGUGGCAAAAUAUGAAAGAUUUUCCUACUAUGACCUUUUGCACUCAACUGAUAACUAUAGUGAAAGCAAUUUGCUUGGAGAAGGGAGCUUUGGUUCUGUUUACAAAGGUAUCCUAAGUGAUGGCAUUGUUGUGGCUAUCAAGGUAUUCAACUUGCAAGUGGAAGGUGCAUUAAAAAGCUUUGAUAGAGAAUGCGAGGUACUAAGGAGUUUACGCCAUCGAAAUCUUACAAUGGUGCUCGGUAGCUGCUCCAACCCUGAUUUUAAAGCCUUGGUACUCAAAUACAUGCCUAAUGGGAAUCUUGAUAAGUGGUUGCACUUUCGUGACCAUUUCUUAGAUCUAUUUCAAAGAGUAAAUAUAAUGAUUGAUGUUGCUUGUGCAUUGGAAUAUCUACAUUAUGGUUAUGAUACUCCUGUGAUAUGGUUGCUCAUGUAA